AUGAAAGUCCCCAAUCCUGUGAUCUUGCCACCGCAACAGGAUAUCAAGUCUCUUAUCAAACAGUAUGUAAAAUCUUACGAGGAGCUAUUACAAAACAUGAAAGUCCCCAAUCCUGUAAUACUGCCACCGCAACAGGAUAUCAAGUCUCUCAUCAAACAG